AUGAAUUCUCUUGAUAUGAAGCUACCGGGCUACAUGGUCUACUGUGUAGUCAUCGCUUGUCUUGGCUCCUUUAGUAACGGUUGGGUUAUUGGUUCUGCCAAUGUCCCUGGAGAAGUCACUCAUGCCUGUGCUAAUGGUGCUGCUCAUGUUGCAAACAGUGCUUUCCCUGAUUGUCUCCCUAUGAACGACGCUCUCUGGGGCUUUGCUGUCGCCUCUUUCUGUGUUGGUGGUCUUUUCGGUGGUCUCUUUGGUGGUCAUAUUCAAACUAAAUUCGGUCGUAAGAAGACUAUCAUUUUCAAUAACAUUGGUUGGAUCAUUGGUGCUAUCUUGAUCGGUGCCUCUGUCUCUCCUGCCAUGUUCAUCAUUGGUCGUAUCUUCUGUGGUCUGUCUUGUGGUCUUGGUUCUCUCUCUACUCCUACCUAUGUUGGCGAAGUUUCUACUGUCAAGGGUCGUGGUACUAUGGGUACUUGUAACCAAUUUGCUAUUGUCAUUGGUAUCUUGCUUGCUUCUGUUAUCGGUCUUCCUCUUGCCUAUGUUCCUCUCUGGAGAAUCAACUAUGCUAUCGUUGCCAUCCCUGCCAUUGCUCAAUUCUUCUUGAUGGCUGGUUGUGUCGAAUCGCCUCGUUACCUCAUCUCUCAAAACCGUCUUGAAGAAGCUCGUGCCAACCUUCAAAAGCUUCGUCCUGGAGCUAAUAUUGAGCAAGAGUUCUUUGAACAAGUUGAAGGUAUCCUUGGUUCCUCUGCUGCUCGUGCCAUCACUGCCUCCAAUGCGGCUGCCGAUAAGCUUGAAAUGAAGGAAAAUGAAGAACAAAAGGAAAACUACGAAGAGGCCAAGCUUGAAGAUGGUGUUGUCCCUGAAGAACGCAAUGAAGCUGCUCGUGCUCCCAUGAACAUGAUCCAAAUCUUUGUUGAUCCUCUCAUCCGCAAGAUUGCUAUCACUGUCCUUCUUCUUCACGUUAUCCAACAAUUGAUUGGUAUGAACGCUGUCAUGUAUUACUCCACCACCAUCUUCAACAUGUCUUUUGAUGCUAAUAUGUCCAAGUACAUGGCUAUUGUCACCACUGUUGUCAACUUUGUCUCUACCAUUGCUUCAUUGAUUUUGAUUGAUCGUAUGGGUCGUCGUCCUUUGCUUUUGAUUGCUGAAGCUGGUGCUUGCAUCUUCUCUGUUCUCUUGAUCAUUGGCUAUGUUUACUCUAUCGGUGCUCUCUUGAUUGUCGCUGUCUUUGGUUAUGUCAUCUCCUUCGCUAUCGGUGUUGGUCCCAUUCCUUGGAUGAUUACCUCUGAAAUGUCUCCUGUCUAUGCUUCAUCUGCCGUUGGUGCCAUUGCCACUGCUGUCAACUGGGCUAUGAACUUCUUGAUUGGUCAAUGUUUCCCUGUCAUCUUUGCCAAAAUCCAAGGUUACUCCUUUGCUAUCUUUGCCGCUAUUGCUGCCAUGGCUUUUGUCUUUACCUGGUUCCGUGUUCCUGAGACCAAGAACCGCUCCAUUGAAGCUAUUGUCAAGUCUUUCGAGUCUUAA